UGUGCUUUGUCUGCCCAGGUGGUGUAGUCGCACACAGAUAAAAAAUGUUGACGUGGUAACUGUCAACAUUAGGAUGAAAACUAUCAAAUAAAAACGAAAAAGCACAAACGAAAGCAGCCAUGUUGGACUUUGCCAUUUUCGCUGUCACGUUUGUCGUCAUUUUGGUCGGUGCUGUUCUUUAUUUGUACCCGUCUUCCAGGAGGGCCUCUGGUAUCCCUGGCCUCUACCCCACAGAUGAAAAGGAUGGGAAUUUGCAGGACAUCAUCAACAAAGGCAGUCUGCAUGAGUUCCUCGUCAACCUCCAUCAGGAGUUUGGAUCUGUGGCAUCCUUCUGGUUCGGCGGGCGACCGGUGGUCAGCCUGGGCUCCGUGAAAAAGCUGCGGCAGCACAUCAACCCCAAUCACACCACGGACUCGUUUGAAACCAUGUUGAAGUCGCUGCUGGGAUACCCUCCGGGGAGGGGAGGUGGGCCCAACGAGUCAGUAGUUAGAAAGAAACUCUAUGAGGCGGCCAUCAACAACAGCCUGAAGAGCAACUUUCCUUUCAUGCUUAAGGUGGCGGAGGAGCUGGUAGGAAAGUGGAAGUCUUUCCCAGAGGCCCAGCAUAUUCCUCUCUGUGCCCACCUGCUGGGUCUCUCUCUGAAGACCAUCACCCAGCUGGGUCUGGGCGAGCGCUUCAAAGACGACGCUGAAAUCAUCUCCUUCCGCAAGAACCACGAUGCGAUCUGGUCUGAAAUUGGGAAGGGCUACAUGGACGGAUCCUUGGAGAAAAGCUCCAGUAGAAAAGCACAUUAUGAGAGUGCUCUCUCAGAGAUGGAGUCUCUGCUGCUGUCAGUGGUAAAGGAGAGGAGAGCCCAAAAAAAGCAGACGGCGUUUGUGGACGCUCUUCUUCAGUCCAGCCUCACAGAGCGACAGGUCAUGGAGGACUGCAUGGUUUUCACUCUGGCUGGAUGCGUCAUCACUGCUAACCUGUGCAUCUGGGCGCUGCACUUUUUAUCCACAUCCAAGGAAGUGCAGGAGAAGCUUUACCAGGAGAUACAAGAUGUUUUAGGUUCUGACCCAGUAACCCUGGACAAGAUUCCUAAGCUCAGAUACUGCCAGCAGGUUCUCAAUGAGACGGUGAGGACCGCCAAGCUGACCCCCGUAGCUGCUCGGCUUCAGGAAGUGGAGGGGAAAGUCGAUCAACAUGUGAUCCCUAAAGAGACUCUGGUCAUCUAUGCCCUGGGAGUGGUCCUUGAAGAUGCUGACACAUGGAGCGCCCCCUACAGAUUCGAUCCAGAUCGAUUUGAGGAAGAAUCGGCAAGGAAGAGCUUCUGCCUUCUUGGCUUCUCAGGGAACCAAACGUGCCCAGAACUCGGUUUCGCCUACACUGUGGCUACAGUCCUGCUCAGCACGCUGGUGCGACAGCUGAAGCUUCACCAGCUGGGAGAUCAAGCAGCAGAGGUCCGAUCUGAGCUGGUUUCCACGCCGAAGGAUGAGACCUGGAUCACAAUCAGCAGUAGGAAAACCGCAACAUAGUCUGCAACAUUGUGUAUUUAGAAAGCAAUCAACCUGAGUGAGCAUUUACCAUCAAAGUAUUACAGUUGCGAUUUAAAAUCAAGCUCUUAAUUGAACCCAUUUUAAGGCAUGAGGACUUGAAGCACAUUUCCACC